CUCGUUCAUUUUUGUGGUUUCUUCAGCCGUGUACGCUGGUUUCUUAUACUUUCCGUAAUGGAUCAUAUACGAGCGGGAUGGUUCAGCGAGAUUUCUCCAUUAUGGCCUGGACAGAGCUUCUCCAUGGAGGUGAAAGAAGUUCUCUACAAGGAUAAGUCGGAGUACCAGGACAUCCUGAUCUUCGAAUCAAAAAACAACGGGACGGUUCUGGUUUUGGACGGCAUCAUCCAAUGUUCCCAGAAAGACGAAUUCUCUUACCAGGAGAUGAUUUCUUUUCUACCCCUCUGUGCCCAUCCCAACCCCCAAAAAGUGCUAAUCGUUGGAGGAGGGGAUGGUGGGGUGGCUCGCGAAGUCCAGAAACAUCCUCUAGUCAAAGAAAUCAUACAAGUGGAAAUCGACGAGAAAGUCGUGUCGGCCAGCAAAAAACACCUGCCCUUCAUGGCCAAAGGCUUCGACUCCCCGAAGGUGACCUUGAACAUCUGCGACGGCUUCGAGUACAUGCGCAACCACAAGAACGAAUUCGACGUCAUCAUCACCGACUCCUCGGACCCCAUCGGACCUGCUGUGAAUCUCUUCACCGAAAACUAUUAUCGGCUGCUGAAGGAAGCCUUGAAACCGGGCGGUAUCAUUAGUUCUCAAGCUGGCACAGUAUGGACAGACCUACCAAUGGUGAAACAAACAGUGGCCAAUUGCAAGAAACACUUCCAAACGGUGAAAUACGCGAAUUCAAGUGUACCCAGUUACCCUGAUGGCCAAAUAGGCUAUCUGGUGGCCAGUUUGGACGAAUCCGUCGACCUCAGGAAGCCUUCUUUCGUCUUCUCAGAGCGGCAAAUCGAUGAGUUGGAAUUGAAGUAUUAUAACGAUGAAAUUCAUGCGGCAGCGUUCGUGCUACCAAACUUUGUCCGAAAAGAACUAGCCUGAUUAAAUUUAUUUAUAGAAGAACAUC